UUCAUUCUGCGACAGUCGUUCGUAUGGGCAACCAAAACGUAUUGCACUGACGACCAGAAUUUUGAUAGGCUAAUCAAGAAACUUCGUAGAAUGGAAAAAUAGUUUAUUUUUUGCCUAUGUGAGAACAGGGUACCUAAGCGAGAAGCGGUCAGAUGAAUUUAGUGCGUAUGUCAUAUGUCAGUAAAUGGAUUCGGUAAUCGCAAUGUUCUCCUCGGGAACGCGUGAGCUGCUGUGAUCAUGCAUCAUUGUGGCGUCCGAUCGAAUAAGAAACUUUCUUCUUACUGAACACUGAUCGGCCAACUGAAGGAAAUAGCUCGUCGCGUUUACGCUUUACUCCAUUUGAGGCCGUGUCGCGACCAUGAUAUUUGCAUUGAAGAUAUACAGUUUCGGUGGAGUUCUGAACGUUGUAAUGGGAACUAGUUGCUUAAGCGUCUGAGACCAUGAGCCACACUUCGAAUUUGGUGCUAUAUAGGCUUUAUGGCCAAAGCGUUCCACAUCCAUCUACUCUGAAGGCAGAUUUGAUUCUCGAUCGAUUUCCAAGGCCUGGUAUUGGACGAGGUCGACCUAUCGUGGUACAAAGCCAACGACUAAAUCCAACACGAACUGUACGUCUCACACAAGAUAGUGCUGACAGCUGGGAUUCAUCGCGGUGUAAAUCAAUUUUGGAGUCAGGGCUGUAUUCAAAGGGACCGUGUGACGAUACUAAUAACGACCGACGGCUCAACAGGCCAAACUUGGGAUAUCCUAACCAAAUAUCAAGGCGGAUGUACAGUUAUCGUGCCGUACCUCUGAGCAACGUCCAAUCACCAAUAUUGCAAAAUUUCGCUGAUAUACAUCUCAAGGACCCUGGAGAGGACGAAUACGAUGAUGAUGACAGUAGCUAGAAGCAAUUCCUAUAACACUGAUAAGCAAAAUAUAAUCCUUGUUCAUAUUUUGCGUCGUCAGACUAUGGAAACUGCGUAGAACUCCCAAAAUAAGCCUGCUGAACUCAAUAUAAGACUCGAGGAUACACCAGUAGGUAAAUCUACUGCGCCUUAAUGCCAAACUCUGAGGGGCUGUAAUGGACACGAGGCCAGCUUAUAAACAUGCUGAUAAGUAAGG